UUUAACGUCACAGUAUGUGCCGGGUCUUCCUAGAUGUCUUUGAGUUGGAAGAGAGAAAUACAACGUCCAGCUAGAUCCUAAAAGCGCUAAUAUUGUUAUGAAAACCUAGGGGGGAAAGUCUGUAGAAAAGAGGGAGGUCUUUAAUCACAUUCUGAAUUAUAUCCCCUUGUAUCCGACUGAAUAAAGCUGAAAAAAGUUAUCCUGGCUAUACUGCCCUUCUGCUGACUGGCUCUCUUAAAAAAUCAGGUCUUUUGCUUCAGCUAAUGAUCCAGACUGCUUCAGUGACAGUAGAGCCAUAGAAUUUGUGCUUAAACGAUCUCUGUUCCAUCUCCUCUGCUCAGAGCACAGCUGCUUUCAAAGCCCAGCUGUGCUGCUUGUGGCCGUGUCCAACCAAGCAGGCUGCCUCAGAGCAGAGGUGUCUUUGUCUUCAGCUUUUCAGCUCUGCAUUCUGAGAAGAGUUAAACUUUUUGAUUCAUCACUCUUAAGCUUAAUAUUAUUAUUAUGUUACUUUUCCAUUAGGUGAUGCAAACCUGGAAUUGUUUUUAAACUGCAAACCAGACCAAACUAUCGCCUUGUUUAGAAGGAAAAUUAAAUUUUGACUGUUACUUUUUUUUCUCCAGGUGCACCCGUGAAAUCAUUUCCACAAGGAAAGAUAAGAUGCAGAGGGUCAACAUGUCAACAGUAUCUGAGUUUAUUCUCGUAGGCCUUUCUGAUGCUCCAGAGGUGCGUUUUCUUCUCUUUGUGCUGUUCCUGGGCAUCUAUUUGGCCACCAUGGCGGGCAACAUCACAAUCCUCAUUGCCAUUAGGACAGACACUCACCUGCACAACCCCAUGUACUUCUUCCUCGGCAACUUAUCCUUACUGGAUAUGCUGUGUCCCACCAUCACUGUGCCAAAGAUGUUGCAGGCCUUGUUGUUGGGGAACAAGGUGAUUUCGUUCACUGGUUGCAUGCUCCAGCUGUUCUUCCUCAUUGACAUUGUAGGCACAGAGAUUCUUCUCUUGGCUGUGAUGGCAUACGACCGUUACGUUGCCAUAUGCCACCCACUGCAGUACGUGAAUAUUGUGAGUAUGAAACUGUGUGCUCACCUCGCCAUUGGCACUUGGGCAGUCGGAUUUUUUAAUUCUCUGUUACACACCUCUCUGAUUUUUACACUUUUUUUUUGUGACUCUAACAACGUUGACCAAUAUUACUGUGACAUACCCCCUGUUCUGGCACUCUCCUGCUCGCCCACUGUCAGCAGGGAACUGGUGACUCUCACAGUUGCUGGGGUCCUUGGAAGCAGCGCCUUCGUGGUCACUCUGAUCUCGUAUAUCCACAUCCUCUUUGCUGUCCUGUGCAUGAACUCCGCUGAGGGCAGGCACAAAGCUUUCUCCACUUGCAGUGCUCACUUGACAGUGGUAAGCCUUUUCUAUGGGACCACCAUCUGCACGUACGUACGGCCUUCCUCCACCUACUCACCUCAUCAGGACAGGAUAGUUUCCAUGCUGUACGGGAUCCUCACUCCCCUGCUCAAUCCCAUCAUUUACAGUCUGAGGAACAAAGAAAUCCAAGGUGCCCUGGGAAGAGUGGUCAGCCAGGUGAGAACCACUUUAACAAAACGAGGGCAUCUCUCCCCUGGAGCCCGAGCAACAGGGUAGGCACUGCUGGUUAGGACUUCUCUCCUCUUGCUUUCAUCAUCCAGAAAUUAGACGCUGCAAUAGAAACCCCUGCUCUGAGCUUUGUCUUCACAGGAAAAAGGAAGAGGUGUGCACCUCCAGGAAGCCAGCAGUGGUACAGCUUGGGUCACCACCGCAGGAGGAGGGAAGCUCCAUUGGUCACAUUUUCCUCCACUGAGCACAGAGGAAGCUUGGAUUCAAACUUCGGACUUAGACACCGGUGUUGAAGGUUUCUCUUGCAAUAUGAAUGCCAGCAAAUGAUACCGGAGGCAUGCUUACAGAUGCACAGCCUUCUUUGCUAAAGCAGCUUAUAGGACCCGUUCCUCUUACUGACCAUAUCGCUCCUGUGGAAAAGAACACAAGCACAUCCUCUGUGGGAGUCUGACUGGAGGGAAAGCUCCUGUGCCUUUGUGUAAGUUCACCAGUCCAGGUGUUUCCCACUGACAUGCCGAGAAUCCAGCUGCAGUGCCAACAAGCACAUCCAGCCACAGUUCGUGCCACAUUUCUCAGCUCCCACAUUUGUGGGAUGUCAAACAUGCUGAUGCCUGUGCCGUAGAAGGAAUACUGGAAAACGCUCUACAGCAAGUGUGGUGA